AUGAUAAGAGAUAUUUACAACCCUGGUGAGAAAAUUGAAAAUGAAUUUCUAAAGGAGAAGAUUCGAUCCAAAAUAAACGAUAUGCUAAAAUGGAAGAGGAAAGGUUUUCCAGGAAGUAAUCCAGUAUCACUAACAAAACAUAACAUAAAAAAUUUACUGAAUAAAGAUUAUUUAAUAUGUGAAAAGACUGAUGGUGUGAGGUACUUUUUAUUUAUUGCAUCUAAUACGACAUUUUUAAUUGAUAGGAAUUAUGAAAUAUUUAAAAAUGAUAUGCAUAUACCUAAUCACGAUGAUUUAACAAUGAAACAGCAAUUGACAUUGCUAGAUGGUGAAUUAGUAGAAGAUACAGUUUUUAAUGAAAAAAAAGGAGUAGAAGAAAAUAAAAUUGUUUAUUUAAUAUAUGAUGGGUUGUAUAUUCAUAGGAAAGAUAUAACUAGCUUAAACUAUUUAGAAAGAUUAACAAAUGUUUAUAAUUUUGUCAUAAUCCCACUGAAGAAAUACCAGAAACAAAAACAUCGCAUGAACAACCCUACAGCUCAUAUAUCAACCAUUUCUUUUGAAUCUCCUCAUGCACAUCUUCCUGUUAAAAAAAAUGAAACUGGUAGUGUAAACAAUAAUCCAAGCGAUACAAUGGUUGGAGAAAACGAUAAAAAGGCAACUUUGGAUCAGUGGAACUCUAAUAGUAGAUGUAUCCCCUCGUUUAAAAGAAAUGCAAAUCAGGAUUUAAUGGAACAUGAUUUUAUGGAUGAUGGAGAUGUGCAUGCAGAUGUACAAUAUGGUGGUGCAACUUCUGCUGUUGCUGUUGCUGCUGGUAGCGAUCGCAAUUGUGACAAUGAUGAGAAUGAUGAAGAGCAAGAGGACACGAGCUCCUCCUCCCAUUCGGACAUGCUACCUGAGGAAGAGAAUGCUCCAUUCGAAAUUUACUUAAAAGAUUUCUACCACAUCAGACAAAUAACUGAACUGAUUCAAACAAUCAAAAAACUUCCACAUGCAUCUGAUGGAAUUAUAUUCACUCCCCUAAACCAUCCAUACAAAACUGGGAAUUUCUUUGAACUCCUAAAAUGGAAACCAUUAAAUUUAAACACUGUAGAUUUUGGAAUUGAAACCAUAUAUGAUAAGAACAAUUUCCCGAAUAAAUUUGAAUUAUUUAUAUCCAUUAAAGGGGUAAGAACAUCAUAUAAAACAUACUUAGCAGAAUAUGGAGAUGUAUACAAAGAAUUAUUAAACCUUGCAUUAAGCAACCAAAUUUCUCAUUAUAUUAUAGAAUGCUAUUAUGUUUCUAAACAUAUUUUUUCUAUCUGUAAAAAUGAAAAUGGUAUUGAAGAAAAAAUUGAAGGAGGAUGGAUUGCGCAGAAAAUUAGGUUCGAUAAAAAUAUACCCAAUGAUAUAUCAACAUUAAAUAAGGUUAUUCAGAGUAUUUUGGACAAUAUAACUAUUGACUCAUUAAUUAAGGAAAUUUCACGAAAUCAUCCAAUCAAACAUUAA